AUGCAGUGCCCAUGGCCUGCAUCAGACUCGGUCUCACAGGCAUCAACUCCUCUAACGCCAUGGGAAGAGCUUGAGUCUUGCUCACCAGAGGCCGAGAUCGUCCUCCAGGUGGGUAUAAUCCACUGCACUGUCAGGGUGCCCCGGGGAAUGGAUCGCAGGGGUCAGGAGCUUAUAGAGCAGUUCGUUCCAACGGCGUCCACGCUGGAGCCCUCGUCCGCCCUGGAACUGUGCUGCCUGUUCAUGCAUUAUAUGAUGCAUGAGAUCAUGCAAGACGGAGGAGGAGAUCUGGACAUGGCAAUUCUCCACCAUGUGUUGAACACAGUCCACGUCGAUCUCCUCCAGAACGAGAAUAUCCACACAGUCCUGUCGGCAAUGAGCCAGGACAAGAGCCGGCAUCAAUCCAUCCUGCAAGCUUAUUUCCAAGCAUGCAAAGCAACAAGAUCGCCGGGCUCUGCGGGGACUAGUAGACUCCUGUCCGCCGUCGACAAAGGCCACGCGCGGAUCUUUGCCCUGUUCAAUGGACAAGGCGUGGAGUCGUAUUUUGACGAGCUCUUGGCGGCAUACGACAUCUACCAUCCCCAAGUAGCUUCGAUCAUUAGGGCAGUAUCCGAAUCUCUCACACACCUCGCACACGAUGAUCGAUUUGAAGCUCUAUUCCCGCACGGACUCGAUGUGGAUCAAUGGCUCCGCAUGCCAGAGUCUCGCCCAGAUGCUCCCUACCUCACCAGCGCUCCCGUAAGCUUCCCGCUCGUCGGUCUCUCACAAUUUGUGCAGUAUGCCAUCGCAUGCAUCAACUUAGGUCUUUCCCCUGGAGAGCUACGCCAUGUAUUCCGUGGCGCAAUUGGUCACUCCCAGGGCAUCGUGGUAGCCGCUUUCGUCGCCGCUGCCAAUUCCUGGGAUUCUCUGUGCAAUGCAGCCCAGCAAGCGGUUGAAUUGCUUUUCUGGAUAGGGUGUCGAUGCCAGCAGCAGUUGCAAGACGUUGGUCCGGCAUCCGUUCUGUCCAGUUGCAUGCUCAGUGUCAAGGGUCUGUCCCAGGCUGACCUUCAGCGCCACUUGGACGAACUCAACCUCCACCUACCAGCCGAAGAGGCAGUGUACCUAGCCUUGGUAAACGGGCCAGAGCAGCUCGUCGUCGCCGGACUUCCGCUUUCGUUGCGCGCGCUGGACCAGAAAAUCGGCCAAGGCCAGAACAAAGCUCAGUCCACGAAGACUUCUACAGGCCGUAUCCCCUUCAGCCAACGCCGUCCUGUCGUCCACACUCGAUUUUUGUCCAUUACCGCGCCCUUCCAUUCACCCUAUCUUCAAGAUGCCGAGACCCAACUCAUGAGGGACCUUGCUGAUGUCUCCCUUGCUGAUGUCUCCCUCUCCGGCUCGCGGUUGGCGUUCCCCGUGUUUCACACUGAAACUGCCCAAAAUCUACAAGAAAGCGGGAAUAUUGUUCCCCACUUAAUAAACAUGAUCUGUACUAGACGUGUACAGUUUGAAAAUGUUGUGGGCACCACCCUGGCCGGAGUGACACAUGUCCUUGACUUCGGUCCUGGCGGCGAGGUUGGCAUCGGAAGCCUGGUAAAUCAUCAGCGAGAGGGCACAGGUCUGCGCACAUUGAUCCUCGGCGCCACCCGGGGGGUCAUCAGUAGUCACAACUCCAUGCUAGGGUCUGAAAGUGAGCUGUACACCCACAACGGGCCAGUCCUCUGCAAUACUGCCUGGGAUGCUGAGUUCACACCGCGCCUCAUGCAGUCCCCUUGUGAGUCUCGUCACCUGGUCGACACCAAGUUCAGCCGGCUACUGGGCGUUCCCCCAGUUAUGGUUGCUGGUAUGACCCCGACUACGACCGCAUCGGAAUUCGUAGCCGCAACCAUGAAUGCUGGUUAUCAUGUUGAGCUGGCCUGUGGAGGAUUCCCGGAUCGCAACAGCAUGCGCGAGGGUAUCCUGGCCACCGCGGCAGCAAUUGCCCCCGGUCGCGGUAUUACAUGCAACGUCAUAUACGCCAAUCCACGAGCUAUGGCCUGGCAAAUUCCCCUACUGAUCGAGCUAAGCAAGUCUGGCAUCCCCAUUACAGGAUUAACAAUCGGUGCCGGCAUUCCCUCACUGGAAAUUGUCCGGGGGUACCUGACUGACCUGUCGCUCACCCAUCUGGCUCUCAAACCAGGCUCCAAAGAGGGCAUCGAUGGGGUUUUGGCAAUUGCCCGGGCAAACCCCACAUAUCCAAUCAUCUUACAGUGGACAGGUGGUCGGGGUGGUGGACAUCAUUCCUCUGAAGAUUUCCAUGAGCCGCUUCUGGACCGAUACGCACAGAUCCGAUCGCAUCACAAUGUGAUUCUAGUAGUCGGUAGUGGGUUUGGAAAUGCCGAGCAAACCUAUCCCUACUUAACGGGUUCAUGGUCCCACCAGUUUGGACGUGCACCUAUGCCAGUAGAUGGCAUCCUGCUAGGUAGCCGUGUGAUGGCGGCCAAAGAGGCUCACACCAGUGAGGAUGUGAAAAAAGCCAUCUGCGACACUCCGGGUGUCGGCAACGAAAACUGGGAGCUGACGUACGAGCGUCCAGCCGGUGGAAUUAUCAGCGUGCGAUCUGAGAUGGGCGAGCCGAUUCAUAAGCUGGCCACACGCGGCGUCAUGUUAUGGGCCGAGUUGGACAAAUCAGUCUUCUCAUUACCCCGAGGUGAACAAAAAGCUGCUCUGCUCGCCCGAAAGACAUACUUCCUCAAACGUCUCAAUGAGGAUUUCCAAAAGGUCUGGUUCGGGCGAGAUGUACAUGGCGCAACAGUCGAUCUGCACGAAAUGACCUACGCUGAAGUUUGGGACCGCAUGAUCGACUUGUUGUAUCUGAAGGUAUCCCAAGAAUGGAUUGAUCCCUCGUGGCAAGCCCUGGUAUGGGAUUACACUCGCAGGUUGGAAGAGAGACUGGGGAAGAACCAGCACACCCUUCUCCAACGCACGGACCAACUAGAUCAACCCGAUCAGUUCCGAGACAUGCUGUUUUCCCAAUAUCCUCAGGCACAUGUCGAUGUAUUGACAGCCGCCGACGUGGAGUAUAUCCAUCUAAUUUCACGUCGUCGGGGGCAGAAGCCAGUCCCCUUUCUCACGGUCCUCGAUGAAGAUUUCGAAUACUGGUUCAAGAAGGACUCCUUGUGGCAGUCAGAGCGCUUAGAGGCCGUUGUUGGACAGGAUGUCGGCCGCGUGUGCAUUCUGCAUGGACCAGUGGCCGCUCAGUACACAAAAACUGUUGAUGAGCCAGUCCAGAGCAUUUUGGAUGGGAUUCACAACACAUAUGUCGCAUGGAUUCUCCGCGAUCAGUAUGUCGGGGAUCUAGCACAGAUCCCCUCGGCAGCUAGGCAGCGCAGGGCCCACCCACAUUGGCCUGUUAUGGGGGUCCAUCUAGCUCCACAGCAAGAUGGAAAGACAGCAAGGUAUAUUGUUUCCGAAAACCCGGAAGACUUGCCAUUACCGGAAGUCUGGCUGGGGUUACUGGCCGAUACCACUGCUGCACCAUGGUGCCAUGCUGUCCUCACCGAGAAGAAUAUUGUUCAGGACAGAGUUGUCGCGAGCAAUCCUAUAAUGCGACUCUUUGCCGCGAAACCAGGUCUGGUCGCUGAAGUUUGGAAUCCUCAAGCUCCAAAUGAGACCGAGAUUAUUCUGAAGGAGAUCGAAAAGAAUGGGAGGGACGGAGAGCAGGUGUUGGCAGUCGCCUCACUUCGCUGCAGCCCCGAGGGCCAGAUCACUCUUACUCUCUCGGAUCAGACUGUAGUUGGUCGAGCGCCAGCUGACUUGGUCUUUCGAUUUCAAUUCCAGCCGCGCGACGGGGCUCCCAGCAUCCACGAAGUAAUGCCCGAUCGCAACCAGGGGAUUAAGCAAUUCUAUCGCUCAAUCUGGAUCGGGGAGCACAACUUACUAUCCACCCCUGACUUUGUGUUCCGGGGUGAAAAUAUUGUCUUAGACCGGGAGGUGAUUCGCCGAUUUGCCAGGAGCGUAUCCAACCGGAACCCAGUCUAUUACAACUCUCGCUCCCAGGCGUUGUUGGUGGCACCGCUGGAUCUGGCCAUUGCAGUAGCUUGGAAACCCAUCAUGAGCUGCCUGUUCCCUGAUGUGGUCUCGGGGGAUAUGCUCCGAUUGCUGCAUCUAAGCAACGAAUUCCAGCUAUGUGACGGAGCUACGCCGUUGCAGGAAGGAGAUCAUCUUUCGUCAGAUGGCCGACUCACAGCAGUGACCAUUAAGAAAGGAUCUGGUAAGGUCAUAGAGGCGGAGGGAACCAUCUAUCGCCAGGGCAUGCCCGUAGUACGUUUGAAGAGCAAGUUCAUUCUGCUUGGAUCCUACGAUGAUUAUGAAUCGACCUUCGAGACCAAGGAAGAGAAGUGGCGCCUACCGCUAGCCACAAAAAAAGAUGCCGCCCUUCUUCGAUCGAGAAUGUGGUUCCGUCCAGAGGGAAAGAUCGACCUGCUGGACCAUCUCCAUCACAUGGUGGAGGUCCAAACCACAAGCCGUACCUGGUUUAUGGACGCAGACUCCAUUCCGAAGCUGAAGGUUGAGGGACAGGUUGUCUGGCAAUCUGAUUCAGGAUCAGAAUUGGUGGUUCUGGGGUCGAUAUGUUUCUCCAAUGCUGCCCCCUCUGCCCGAAACCCCGUGACAGAAUACUUACAACGACAUGGGUCGUUGAGCACCGGGGACAACUGUAUCUUUGAUGUUCCCCGGCCUCUCGUGCAGGACCUCACUGUCACUGUUCCUGAUGCCGGCAGGGAAUAUGCCCGAGAAUCUGGUGACUGCAAUCCCAUCCAUCUCUCUGGUCUCUUUGCUCGCUACGCGGGCCAUGACACGCGGGUUACACACGGUAUGUUUACCAGCGGAUAUGUGCGUGGUCUGGUCGCAUCCCAUUUGGCGCGUAGCGAUGAAACCCGCGUUCGAUCGUGGUUGUGCACUUUCGACGACAAAGUCUGUGCCGGAGAUCAGCUGGCCAUUCAGAUAAAUCACGUCGGAAUGUCUGGAGGCAAGAUGUUAGUAGCUGUCCAGGUGCACAAUGUUCUCACUGGUGUCAAAGUCCUUUCCGGGCAGGCAAGCAUCGCACAACCAACAACGGCAUAUGUCUUUACAGGACAAGGUAGCCAGCAACCGGGCAUGGGGAUGGCCUUAUAUGAGUCCAGUCCAGCGGCGCAGCAAAUUUGGAAAGCAGCCGAUGAGUUCUUUGAGAAUACCUAUGGCUUUUCCAUCACAAACAUUGUUCGCAGCAACCCGAAAGAGCUGACGGUGCAUUUCGGCGGAGCUCGUGGUCGUGCCAUUCGAAAAAACUAUAUGUCGCUGACUUUCGAUGCUGUGGACGACAAUGGGAAGACCAACUGCAAGCCCAUCUUCCCCAACAUCAACCGGACUAGUCGCUCCCACCGCUUCCGAUCAGUCGAUGGUCUGCUCCAUGAAACACAAUUUACACAGCCAGCGCUCGCGUUGAUGGAAAUUGCGCGAUUCGAGGACAUGCGGAGUCGAGGAGUAGUUGAGGACGCGAGUCUCUUUGCCGGGCAUUCUCUCGGCGAGUAUGUGGCCCUCACGGCCAUGGGACGCAUCUUCUCUGUCCAGAAGGUCGCUGGCUUGGUCUUUUACCGUGGUCUCAGUAUGCAGAAUGCGGUUCAACAGGACUCAGAUGGGGCCACCCAGUACUCAAUGUGUGCCGUCAACCCCACUCGAGUGUCGAAAGGCUUUAGCCAGGACGACCUGAGUUGGUGUGUAGCAGAGAUCGCCCGACAAACUAAGGGGUUGUUGGAAAUUGUGAACUACAAUGUCCUCAGCCUGCAGUAUGUGUGUGCUGGUGAUCUCCGGGGAUUAGCAACUCUAACGGACCUUAUGAACGCCUUGGCGUCCCGAUCUUUGGGGACACUAUCCAAACCCGGCAUGCAGCGCUUCAUCCAAGACUCUCUGACAGCACUGGAUGGUUGCACCGGGCCAGUGGUUCUCAAACGGGGUCGAGCUACUAUCCCCCUUAAGGUGAACGUGCCUUUCCACAGCAGUCUGCUCCGACCUGGCGUCCAAUCCUUCCGACAGUUCUUGAGUCGCAAUCUGGCCGAGUCUUCCAUCCAGCCCGAACAACUGGUUGGUAAAUACAUUCCCAACCUCACUGCGAGGCCCUUUGAGCUUUCCAAGGCCUACGUGGAAGGUGUGCUGGCGCUGACUGAGAGCCCGGUCUUGGAACAUCUCCUCUGCAAUUGGGAAUCUAUGGAGACUGGGGGAUAUGACGAACGAGAUUUGUUUCCUUGGUAGGGAUAGUCUUAUGCUGUUCUAUUCCUCUUGUAAAAUG